GGGUAACUCAUUUGAUUUUGGAGUUCCUUUAAUUCUUCUGAAAGAUUUCAAAGCCUCCAGAAUCCAAAAUGGGACAUGGUAAACAGAUUAGAAUUUUACUACUAAACGAAAUGGAAAAGCUGGAAAAGACCCUCUUCAGACUUGAACAAGGGUUCGAACUACAGUUCCGAUUAGGCCCAACUUUGCAGGGUAAAGCAGUUACUGUGUAUACAAACUACCCAUUUCCUGGAGAAACAUUUAAUAGAGAAAAAUUCCGUUCCUUGGAUUGGGAAAAUCCGACAGAAAGAGAAGAUGAUUCUGAUAAAUAUUGUAAACUUAAUCUUCAACAAUCGGGAUCAUUUCAGUAUUACUUCCUUCAAGGAAAUGAGAAAAGUGGUGGAGGUUACAUAGUUGUGGACCCUGUUUUACGUGUUGGCAGUGAUGAUCACGUGUUACCCUUGGACUGUGUUACUCUCCAGACAUUCUUAGCCAAGGGUUUAGGACCUUUGGAUGAAUGGGAAGACAGACUGAGGGUUGCAAAAGAGUCAGGUUACAACAUGAUUCAUUUCACCCCACUGCAGACACUUGGACUAUCUAGGUCGUGCUACUCCCUUGCUGAUCAGUUAGAAUUAAAUCCUGAUUUCUCAAGACCUAAUAAAAAGUAUACAUGGCAUGAUGUUGGACAGGUCGUGGAAAAACUGAAAAAAGAAUGGAAUAUUCUUUGUAUUACAGAUGUUGUCUACAAUCAUACUGCUGCUAAUAGUAAAUGGAUCCAGGAACAUCCAGAAUCUGCAUAUAAUCUUGUGAAUUCUCCACACUUAAAACCUGCCUGGGUCUUAGACAGAGCACUCUGGCAUUUUUCCUGUGAUGUUGCAGAAGGAAAAUACAAAGAAAAAGGAAUACCUGCUUUGAUUGAAAAUGAUCAACACAUGAAUUGUAUUCGAAAAAUAAUUUGGGAGGAUAUUUUUCCAAAGAUCCAACUCUGGGAAUUUUUCCAAGUAGAUGUUCACAAAGCAGUUGAACAAUUUAGAAGACUUCUAACACAAGGAAAUAGGAGAGUAACCAAGUCUGAUCCGAAGCAGCAUCUGAAGAUUAUUCAGGAUCCUGAAUACAGACGUCUUGGCUGCACUGUGGAUAUGAACAUUGCACUAGCGACUUUUAUACCGCAUGACGAUGGGCCAGCUGCGAUUGAAGAAUGCUGUAAUUGGUUCCGUAAUAGAAUUGAUGAAUUGAAUUCAGAGAAGCAUCAACUCAUGAAUUACCAUCAGGAACAGGCAGUUAAUUGCCUUUUGGGAAAUGUGUUUUAUGAACGACUGGCUGGCCAUGGUCCUAAACUAGGACCUGUCACUAGAAGAUAUCCUUUAGUUACCAGGUAUUUUACUUUCCCAUUUGAAGAAAUGGCCUUAUCUGCAGAAGAAUCUAUGAUUCACCUUCCAAAUAAAGCUUGUUUUUUCAUGGCACAUAAUGGAUGGGUGAUGGGAGAUGAUCCUCUUCGAAACUUUGCUGAACCAGGUUCAGAUGUUUAUUUAAGAAGAGAACUCAUUUGUUGGGGAGACAGUGUUAAAUUACGCUAUGGAAAUAAACCAGAGGACUGCCCUUAUCUCUGGGCACAUAUGAAAAAAUAUACCGAAAUAACUGCAACUUAUUUCCAGGGAGUGCGUCUUGAUAACUGCCACUCAACACCUCUUCAUGUAGCUGAGUACAUGUUGGAUGCUGCUAGGAAAUUACAACCCAAUUUAUAUGUAGUAGCUGAACUGUUCACGGGAAACGAAGAACUGGACAAUAUCUUUGUUACUAGACUGGGCAUUAGUUCCUUAAUAAGAGAGGCAAUGAGUGCAUAUAAUAGUCAUGAAGAGGGCAGGUUAGUUUACCGAUAUGGAGGCGAACCUGUCGGAUCUUUUGUUCAGCCCUGCUUGAGACCCUUAAUGCCGGCUAUUGCACAUGCUCUGUUUAUGGAUAUUACCCAUGAUAACGAGUGUCCUAUUGUGCAUAGAUCAGCCUAUGAUGCUCUCCCAAGUACCACAAUUGUUUCUAUGGCAUGUUGUGCUAGUGGAAGUACACGAGGCUAUGAUGAACUAGUACCUCAUCAGAUAUCAGUGGUUUCUGAAGAACGGUUUUAUACUAAGUGGAAUCCUGGAGCAUCCCCAUCAAAUACCGGUGAUGUCAAUUUCCAAAGUGGAAUUAUUGCAGCCAGGUGUGCUAUCAAUAAACUUCAUCAAGAGCUUGGAGCCAAGGGCUUUAUUCAGGUGUAUGUGGAUCAGGUUGAUGAAGAUAUAGUGGCCGUAACCAGACAUUCACCCAAUAUUCAUCAGUCUGUUGUGGCUGUAUCUAGAACUGCUUUCAGGAAUCCCAAAACUUCAUUUUACAGCAAGGAAGUGCCUCAAAUGUGUAUCCCCGGCAAAAUUGAAGAAGUAGUUCUUGAAGCUAGAACUAUUGAGAGAAAUACAAAACCUUAUAAGAAGGAUGAGAAUUCAAUCAAUGGGUUACCAAAUAUCACAGUAGAAAUUAGAGAACAUAUUCAGCUUAAUGAAAGUAAAAUUGUUAAACAAGCUGGAGUUGCCACAAAAGGGCCCAAUGAAUAUAUUCAAGAAAUAGAAUUUGAAAACUUGUCUCCAGGAAGUGUUAUAAUAUUCAGAGUUAGUCUUGAUCCACAUGCACAAGUUGCUGUUGGAAUUCUUCGAAAUCAUCUGACACAGUUCAGUCCUCACUUUAAAUCUGGGAGCCUUGUUGUUGACAACGCAGAUCCUAUAUUAAAAAUCCCCUUUGCUUCUAUUGCCUCUAAAUUAACUUUGACUGAGCUAAAUCAGAUACUUUACCGAUGUGAAUCAGAAGAACAGGAAGAUGGUGGAGGUUGCUAUGACAUACCAAACUGGUCUUCCCUUAAAUAUGCAGGUCUUCAAGGGCUAAUGUCCGUAUUGGCAGAAAUAAGACCAAAGAAUGACUUGGGGCAUCCUUUCUGUGAAAAUUUGAGAUCUGGAGAUUGGAUGAUCGAUUAUGUCAGUGGCCGGCUUAUUUCACGUUCAGGAAAUAUUGCUGAAGUUGGUAAAUGGUUGCAGGCUAUGUUCUUCUACUUGAAGCAGAUCCCACGAUACCUUAUCCCAUGUUACUUUGAUGCUAUAUUAAUUGGUGCAUACACCACUCUUCUGGAUGCAGCAUGGAAGCAGAUGUCAAGCUUUGUUCAGAAUGGUUCAACCUUUGUGAAACACCUUUCACUGGGUUCAGUCCAAAUGUGUGGAGUAGGAAAAUUCCCUUCUCUGCCACUUCUUUCACCUUCCCUUCUGGAUGUACCAUAUAGGUUGAAUGAGAUCACAAAGGAAAAGCAGCAGUGUUGUGCUUCUUUAGCUGCAGGCUUACCUCAUUUUUCUUCUGGUCUUUUCCGCUGCUGGGGAAGGGAUACUUUUAUUGCUCUUAAAGGUUUACUGCUGGUUACUGGACGAUAUUUAGAAGCCAGGAAUAUUAUUUUAGCAUUUGCUGGUACCCUGAGGCAUGGUCUCAUUCCUAAUCUUCUCGGUGAAGGAACUUAUGCCAGAUACAAUUGCCGGGAUGCUGUGUGGUGGUGGCUCCAGUGUAUUCAGGAUUACUGUAAAAUGGUUCCAAAUGGUGUAGACAUUCUCAAGUGCCCAGUUUCCAGAAUGUAUCCAACAGAUGAUUCUGCUCCUUUGCCUGCUGGCACACUGGAUCAGCCAUUGUUUGAAGUAAUUCAGGAAGCCAUGCAAAGACACAUGCAAGGCAUACAGUUCCGAGAAAGGAAUGCUGGACCACAGAUAGAUCGAAACAUGAAGGACGAAGGUUUUAAUAUGACUGCAGGGGUUGAUGACAAAACAGGAUUUAUUUAUGGAGGAAAUCGCUUAAAUUGUGGCACAUGGAUGGAUAAAAUGGGAGAAAGUGACAGAGCUAGAAACCGAGGAAUCCCAGCCACUCCAAGGUAG